GUGCUGUUUGCGAUUUACCGUCAGCGUCGGCGGCUGCGGAAGAUGCGUGUCUGCCAACCUCAAUGCCCGCUCCUGGUACUGUCGCUUUCUGCUGAAACGACCGACCUGGCCGCUUGUCUCCAGGCCUUCCUCUCUGGUUGUCCUUGCUCCUUCCACGGCCACGGCCUCUACCGCGUCCGCGACCUCUAUCACUCAUGUUUACUCCACGCGCUGACGGUCCAAGACUUCUAAGGGAAAGUCCCAGGUUUUCCCCCGUCUAUCACGCGCGCAUGCGCUGUUCCAGUCACUCCCAGGACAACAUCAUAGAGCUGUUAUCCAUCCAUAUUUCA